AUGGCCUUCCCUUGCCACUUGUUGAACUUUUGGAGAAGUCCAAUCCUCUUGUGGCAGCCACAACAGAGGGGUUCAUCCUUGGAGCCUCAUACUCCUCAAAGUAAUAGCACUCAGGCUCACCCAAAUCAGCGCUUUCCUGCACUCCAUCUUCAGCUUGAGCUCAGCUCGAUCCUCAGCUCGAUCGAGCUCAUCUCUUCUUCUUGCAAAUCUGCUUCAUGCCCAACCAAAGUGUACACAGGGGGUCUGAAGUCAAUGUUUGUACCUCCUAGGACCGUGGUGAGCUCAGGGUUGGGCAGAAGAAGCUUGGAGAGUCCAGCCAAUGGGGUGGGUGAACUUGAAUUGGAAUCUCCCAUCCAACUCCUUGUGCUCAAUGAGGAGGUUGGUCUUGCAAAACUUGAUGUCCAUCCAACCUGGUGGAGUAGACCUUCUCUUGUCCACUUGAACUCCUGCUGCACAAAGAAUUGGUGUGAUCACCCCUCCAACACUAAGCUUUCUUCCUCUUUGGUGCCUAGUGUUGUAAGCUGUGACCUUGUAGGCUUGGAGCUGCUCAAGGAGAGGCAUGAGAUUCCCUGCGUGUGCCCUGUCUCCUCUGAUCUUCUUCCCAUCCCUUGUGCGUGA